UAUCAAAAUAACAUUGGUGGUCCAAAGGAAAAAAAUCAAAGUUAACUUACUUCUGAAGGUGUCAGUUUAUUACAUAUUAUUGGAUAUUUCUUGUAAUUCGCGGUUAUUAAAAUAGUUUUUAAUUCUGUGAAGGAAGAUAUCGACCAAUACGGAUCAGUACAAACAAAUGUGUCGUUAAUUGGGUUGGCAGUUUACACAGAACAGCGUAUGGUAUUUAUAUAAGGAAAGAUGUCAAGGUAAAAUUGAAAUAUGAAGAACAUAAAUUCUAUUACAGGCUUUCCCAAUUCAAAGAAUGUAUGAAUAAACUCUUCUAAUACCUUCGUUAGCAAAUAAUCAAUGUAACCUGACCGAGACAAACUCGACAUCACCGACCAGCAACCAAGUCGAGUCUGGACAGUUAAAGUGAAGUACAAGACAGAGAAUGUAUGUGUUGGGGCUGUACACAGAGCGAGGGGUGCGUAACCUCAAGGUAGUGACAUGUGGACUUUGUCUACUGUUAUUCAUGGGGGCAUCUAGAGGUCAGGACGACCACCAUGUAUUUCGACUACACAAUGACAUUAUCAAAACCAAUAACCCAAGAGUGAGACCAGUCAAGAACAGCAGUGACACAAUCACGGUCUCAUUGGAACUUCACCUUCUCAGCAUGUCUGAUUUUGAUGAAGUUACUCAAACAGUGACAGCUAACGGGUUUUUCUCAGUUUCCUGGAAAGAUGAGUUUCUAACCUGGAACUCCAGCGAGUAUGGAGGAGUCAGUGAGAUAAGGCCUGACUAUGGGAAGGUUUGGAGACCUGACAUCACUAUUCGCAACGUUGUGGAUCGGAUUCAGCCUCUGGGUCUCGACUUUGGGAUCAUGAAAGUGACAUCCCAAGGAAUUGUGUUUUGGUCGACAGGCGAUACCUUCAAAACUUUCUGUCAAAUGGAUGUUACCAACUUUCCUUUGGAUGAACAGGAGUGUUCGUAUAUGACGUUUGAGUGGGGAAGUGAUCUGAAAGAAGUAGAUUUAAAACCCACUAAAAACUAUAUAGGAUUAUAUUUGUUUAACUCUAACAGCCAGUGGGAUAUAGUUAACUCAUCAUCUCAGAAAGUUGUCUAUCACAUCAACGACACACCUUUUUCCUUUGUAUACUUUAACAUGACCCUGAAGAGAAAGCCAUCUCUGGGGAUACUGACAACUGUCUUGCCUGUCCUGGUGCUGGGAUUAGCGAAUGUGGUUGUAUUCCUCAUUCCAGUGGAGUCUGGCGAGAAGGUGUCCUUUGCCAUCACGAUGUUGCUGUCUUUCACUGUAUCCCUGUCCUUCGUCACUGGACUGCUGCCACAGAACGCUGACAGUAUACCCGUGUUUACUAUGUUCAUUGUUGGCCUGUUUAUUAUGAGCUCUAUUUACGUGUUCCUGACCAUCUGGAUCGUGCAAGUGUUCCAUCGCGACACCGCCAUCAGGCCUGUUCCCACGUGGAUGGGACGCAUGACAAAGUCCUGGGAGAGAUGCAUCUGUGGCACUCCUGCUGUGGUAAUCCAGGAGACUUCGACUCAGGAAAGGGUGUCAAAGGAAACAUCGGAUCCCUCAUCAAUAACAUGGAUGCAGGUCAGCAGAAUGGCUGACAGGAUUUUCUUAUAUUUCUUUUUGAUGCUUUUCAUCACAUCAGUAACAUGUGGGUAUUUGAAGAUAGCAUGUUUCUAACGCUUGAAAGAUUAACAUUUCUUUCAAGC